AUGUCUAGCGUGAGCACAUGUCUCUGGAUUAUACUGUUGCUAUGUGCAGGGGUUUAUAGUGAGGAGAAUAUUAAUGGCUGUUAUAUGAACCCGUGCAUGAACAGUGGGGUAUGCGAGAAUCAGGAGGGAAAAUACAAAUGUCACUGUUCCCAAGAAAGACAAAACGGUCACCUUUAUGGAGGUUCAAACUGUACGGUACUGCUGCUGGGGUGUGAACGCCACUGGUGCCAGAAUGGUGCCACAUGUUCUCCAUACUUGAACGAAGGACGACACAGAUAUAGCUGUAUCUGUCCUGAGGGUUUCACUGGAACAAAGUGCCAGUCCUCCACCACCUUCUCUUUUGAGGAAAACGGUUUCAUGCAGGUCCGGACCCCCCUCACUAACGUUUUCGAACCCUUGAACGUCACACUUAGUUUUCGCACAUUACAGACAAAUGCCACCCUGCUCCAAAGCCACGUUGAAGAUCAGCUGUUAACGCUGGAGUUAGUGAAUGGAAGACUGCGCCAUACACUACAGAGAGACCAGGGCACAGAAGUGAUUCUUAUAGAGCUCCCUUUGAUGGUCUCCGAUGGCCAAUGGCACACAGUGAAGGCUUCGCUGCAUGACAAUGUCCUUGGGUUGACUCUUAAAGAUCUGUCCUGCCCUGCUGUAACCUGUAACAUAGAAUUACAAAUAGACAGAGCAGAGCCUGAACUGGGUUCAGGUCUGUCUGAGUCGACUGUGAUCCAAAACAUCUACAUAGGUGGAACAAGAGAGCAGGAGACUGCUUCAAACUUUCUGGGAUGCAUGCAAGAUGUUUGGAUAAAUUCCCACGUGGUGGUGCCAGGAUCAGGGCCUCUGGCACCUAUUAAGCAAUUUAAUGUUGUACAAGACUGCAGUGAUGGAGACCAAUGCAAGAAAAACCCAUGCCAGAACAGAGGCAGAUGUAUCAAGACAGGAUGGAGGAGCUUUAGCUGCGAAUGUCAUCGGCCGUAUGAGGGCGAGCAGUGUUUAGAUGAGUAUGUCACUGCAAGGUUUGGAAGUGAAGAUUUGGAGAGCUACGCUAUGUUCACAGUUGAAGACAACCCGGGUGUGAGUUUUACUCUAUCCAUGUUUGUGCGCACACGCCGCCCCCAAGGUUUGCUCCUGAUCCUCUCCAACAGCACCACUCAAUAUCUCCGUGUCUGGCUGGAAGGUGGAAAAGUCAAAGUUCAAAUCAACAACUUUGAAAGCCUGCUUGGAUGGGAAACGGUCAGCGACGGUCACUUUCAUCUCAUAACGGUGCUUGUGGAACCAGAAUCCCUAACCCUGUUCCUGUCUGCCAAAAGCCAAGGUCGCAUUCCCAUACGACGUGUUCACAUUCAGGCUGGAGAUGCAGUACAUGUGGGGGGUUUACCCAGCCGGCGGGCGUCCCUGGUGUUUGGGGGCUACUUCAAGGGCUGUAUCCAAGACCUGCGUUUAAAUACCAGACGCCUGCAGUUCUACCCUAUCACCGUCCCAGUAAGCUCCUACAGGCUUGAAAACAUGUUGAAGGUCACGCGUGGCUGUACUGGUGAUGACUCCUGCAGUAAAAAUCCAUGUUUGAAUGGAGGUGUGUGUUACUCCAUGUGGGAUGAUUUCACCUGCAGCUGUCCACCCAACACAGCAGGGCAGCGCUGUGAGGAAGUCAGGUGGUGUGAGCUGUCUCCAUGUCCAUCCACUGCCAUAUGUCAAGCAGACAGUCAGGGUUUUGACUGUGUGGCCAAUGUGAGCCUACAUGCUGACAGCCCCAUAAUCACAUACCGCGGCAAUGGAAAAAUAUGGCGAACCCUCAGUAACAUCUCCAUACACUUCAGAAGCAGGCAACUUAAUGGUACUCUACUGUAUGCUGAGCAGGAGUCUCGGUUCAUUACUAUUUCAAUCCAGGACGGAAGACUGGUUUUAGAGCUGCAGGCAGAUAAAGGAACCUCUUACAUACGUGUGCAAAGCUUUGACCUGGUAAAUGAUGGCCGGUGGCACAAAGCAGAUUUGAGCAUGGACAGCCCAGCAACACAGACAUCCAGAUGGAGAAUGGUUCUGGAUGAGCACUGGGAAAAGCCUUCCGUCUCAUUUACCACCUCAGGAGAUCUGAAUUUUCUGAAAGAAAGGGUGGAUAUCUUCUUGGGAGGCUUAGGAUAUGAUUCUGGGAGUAACCUAGCUGGAUGUCUUGGUUUGGUGAAAAUCGGAGGCCUUGUGUUGUCCUAUUACACCGAUUCAGAGAUGAACCUACCCAGACCCCAGGCAGAGCACUUUUUGAGAACUUCUGGGUCUCCGUAUUUAGGAUGCUGGGGCUCCAAUGUCUGCAAACCAGAUCCUUGCCAGAAUGGUGGAGUUUGUGAAGAUCUUUUUAACUUUUUCAAUUGCCGCUGCCCAGCUGAUUGGGAAGGCCGCAGCUGUGAAUUGAGUGCAAACAGUUGCGCCUCAAACCCUUGUGUUCAUGGAACGUGCAGAGUGGUUACAGGAGGAUAUGAAUGUUCAUGUGAUGUAGGCUAUACCGGUCAACGCUGUGAAGUGGAGGUGGACGUAUGCGCCCACCACAAGUGCAGUAAUGGUGGGACAUGUCUCAGAGGUCUGAAACGAUACACUUGCCUCUGCCCCAGGAACACAACAGGACCCUUCUGCAGAGAGCGAGUGCCUGAACUUCCAUGGUAUUUUGACAGAUUUCCAUACCCUAAACUUCCCGUGUCUGUGUGUGGUAAUGAGAAGUGGAACUACAGCUGUUUUAAUGGUGGCAAUUGCUCCUCUGUGGAGGAUACAUGCAACUGUCUACCUGGAUUCAUCGGACAAUGGUGUGAGUUGGAUCUGGAUGAAUGCGCGUCUGACCCGUGCCUGAACGGAGGCUUCUGCCGUAAUCUGAUCAACAGGUUUCAGUGCUUGUGUGAGAUGAGCUUCGCAGGUGACCACUGUCAGAUUGACGUCAGUGACUUCUACAUCUAUGUGUUCCUGCUCCUGUGGCAGAAUAUCUUCCAGCUGUUGUCUUACCUCAUACUGCGUUUAGAUGAUGAUCCAGAGAUCGAAUGGAACGCGUUCAAUGAUGACUAGAGAUAAAAUCCGAGCUUCUUCUCAGAAACAUAGGAAGACAUCAUAAUGUAUGCUGAAUGGACACAAUUUGAAUAUCUGUAGGGGUUUUAUUAGAUGUUCAUAAUUGCAUAACCAGGAGUAAGGAGGAGCAAAUGUAAUAAUUGCAAAACUGUACAUUGAAAACCCAUUUAGGUCAACAAUUUUCUGCAUCUAAUAACAAA